GUUAAAAAGGAGAGGAAGCCACUCGCCUGCCAAGCGAAACAUAUGUGCCUUGUUCGCUGUUUUUCCGCGUUAUGUUGUUGUCUGUCUUGUCUUUUGUGAACGUGUGGGAUCGUAGUUCCGAGCUAUGCGCGUCGUCACCACACUAACGUCUAGCUAGCGGCUUGCAUGCGGACAUAAACGCGCGUGUUGUUGUUGGGUUUGUUCAACGUGGCGGUAUGUCAAGCGGUUGUAGCAUUCGACGAAACCAGUUCAAAAACAACGGAAAAGACACAAACGCGCUGAGGCGCAGGAGGUUAGAGGUCAACGUCGAGAUCCGCAAAGCGAAGAAAGACGGUGAUAUUCUGAAGAGGCGGAAUGUAAACUCUCUUUUGGACCAGUCUCUUCCUCAGACCGACCACCAGUGCUCUUUGGAAACAAUUGUUCAACAUGUAGAAGGCCAGGAUCUUGUUUUGCAACUUCAAGCCACACAGACUGUGAGGAAACUUCUCUCCAGAGAGGCAGACCCUCCCGUCGACGCCAUCAUCGCUGCAGGUCUCCUCCCGAGGCUUGUCAGCUUCCUGGGACUCCUCCACUGUCCUGCCCUUCAGUUUGAGGCCGCCUGGGUCCUGGCCAACAUCACCUCAGGCACCUCAGAGCAGAACUGGGCUGUGAUAGAAGCUGGGGUCAUUCCAGCCCUCGUUCACCUGGUUGCGUCACCUCACGCCCAGGUCAGGGAGCAGGCAGUCCUGGCCCUCGGCAAUAUCGGAGGUGAUGGACCGCAUUACAGAGACCAGGUGAUCUCCCAUGGUGGGCUGCUGUCGCUGCUGGCUUUGCUGACGGAACCUCUGUUUUCAACAUUACCUGCUAGUUUUGUGCGUCAUGUGGCGUGGGCACUGUCCAACAUCUGCAGACACAAGAACCCAGCGCUUCCUUUGACCGCCGUGCAACAGCUGCUUCCGGGCCUGGCGCGGCUCUUGCACCAUGGCGACGAUGAAGUCGUGGCUCACGUCUGCAAGGCGACGUCCGACCUGUCCGAUGGCUCAAAUGAGAGGAUCGAGUUAGUGGUGCAAAGUGGUCUGGUGCCCCGUCUUGUACAGCUACUGGCCUGUGGGGAGACUUGUAUCGUGGCCCCCGCACUGCGAGCGCUCGGCAACAUAGUGACCGGGACUGAUGAACAGACCCAGUGUGUUCUCAAUGCAGGUGCCAUGGCUGCGUUCCCUCACCUCCUGCACCACGAGGAACCUGACAUCAGGAAGGAGGCCACUUGGACUCUGUCCAACAUCACUGCUGGGAAGGACUCUCAGAUCCAGGCAGUCAUUUCUGCAGGCCUGGUUCCUCUGCUGGUGGAGGUCCUCCAAAAGGGAGACUUAAGUACACAAAAAGAGGCUGUGUGGACAAUCACAAACAUGACCAGCGGGGGCACUGUUGAGCAAGUCUCCUACCUGGUUCAUUCCAACGUGCUGGAGCCGCUACUCAACAUGUUGACCAUUGACGACACUAAGAUCGUCCUGGUCGUGUUGAACGGAUUACGCAAUAUUCUGCAGAUGGCAUGUGAAACCGGUGAGGUGGAGAAACUGAGGUUGUGGAUUGAGACGUUUGGUGGUUUGAAUAAACUCAAAGCUCUGCUGUCUCACAGCGCUGGAGCUGUUGUUCAUGCUUCAGUCAGUGUUUUAGAAAAUCUCUAUUCUCAUGAGGUAAGUGCUCUCAGACCUUAGAGGAGGCCUCAUGAUAUUUGUUUUUUUUUUUUUUACAUAUCCCUGGUGGAUUUUAUUAAUGAUGCAACUUGGGGAGGAAAAAAGGAAAUAUGUGAUUGAAAAAUGAUUAAAGAUUUUUUCAGUUUCAACGUCUCUGUCUGACCUU